AGUUAAAAAUAAGUUAAGCUAAGAUAAGAUAAGAUAAGUUAAGAUAAGAUAAGAAAAGAUGAGAUGAGAUGAGAUGAGAUACGAUACGAUAAGUUAAAAAUAAGUUAAGAUAAGAUAAGAUAAGGGGAAAUUUGAUGUGUUACAACAGAAAAGGGGAAAGUAAUAAAUAAGUGAACAUGUGAAAUAACCCUAAAUAUAAAAUGAGGAGAAUUCUUUGGUUUAUUUCGGAUGAUUCUGUUUCUACUCGUCACUGGCCCAUGAGGAGCUGUAGUGACCUGUGACACCAGCAGAGGACGCUGUCAGCUCCUCCUGCCACAGACUGAGCUGCAGAGGAGACGCUCCAGUGUCCAGAGAGACGAGGAGGACGGAGGAUCGGUUCCAGGUUUCAGCUUCUGGAGGAUCUGGAUCUUCUGGAGGAUCAUGUCUCCCAGGAGGAUGGAAACUAAACCAGUGAUUUUCUGUGUGAAGACGCUGCUGCUGCUCUACUCCUUCGUCUUCUGGGUGACUGGUGUGGUGCUGCUGGCGCUGGGGUUAUGGUGGAAGUUCAUGUUGGGCCCCUACACGUUGCUGAUCUCCAGAGGCCCCUCCCACACUCCCUACGUCCUGGCCGGCACGGGCGCUGCCAUCGUGCUGUUCGGGCUGUUCGGCUGCUUCGCCACCUGCAGGGGGCGCCCCUGGAUGCUCAAACUGUACGCUGUGUUCCUGUGUCUGGUCUUCAUGACGGAACUCAUCGCUGGAAUCUCUGGAUUCAUCUUUCGUCACGAGAUCAAAGGAACGUUCCUCACCACGUACAGCGACGCCGUGAGGAACUACGACGGGCGAGACGACCGGAGUCUGGCUGUGGACGGUGUCCAACGCAGAUUACAUUGCUGUGGAGUGUAUAACUACACCACCUGGUUCAGCAGCGUGUAUUUCCCUGUCAGUGGGAUUCCUGCCAGCUGCUGCGUGAGUUUCUCUGAUUGCAGAGGAGACGACCUGAAGAACGCUACGCUGGCCUCAGGGAAGGUGUACAACCAGGGUUGUUAUGAGCUGGUGACACAUUUCAUCGAGAGCAACUUGGGAAUCAUCGCCGGAGUCACGUUCGGAGUCGCCUUCUCUCAGUUGCUCGGGGUGUCUCUGGCCUGUUGUCUGUCUCGAUUCAUCAACGCCAACCAGUACGAGAUGGUUUAACAGUGACACGACAGUUGCGUUACCAUGGAGACCUGAGGAGACACAUACCGGUUCCUGGAAGCUGAUUGGUCGUCUGUGGACGUUCAGGUUGAGAAAUAAUCAAUAAUCAAUAUUAACUGUAGAGUUAGCUCCUGGUGCCACCAGGGGGCGCCAACCUGAGCCCUGUCCUGUACUUUGGAACCAGAACAACAAGAACUGUGCAGUGGUCACUUCCUGUGUCAUCACUUCCUGUGUCAUGGUUUGUGUCUGGGGGGGGGCUUGUCCACCUGGACCCCUGAAAACAUCUCCACAGCCCUGCUGCUUAGCUUUUCAUUUACCUUCUAUUAACAUUGUCAUUUAUUUAUAUUUUAUUUACGUGGUUAUUUCUCUGUUGUGAAAUAAAAUGUGAUGAUGACACUUUGUGAAACGACAGAAAAUAAACACGGAAACAAACUUC